AUGAACUCCAUCAACCAUCAACUCCCACAACCAUCAACUCCCACAACCAUCAACUCCCACAACCAUGAACUCCAUCAACCAUCAACUCCCACAACCAUCAACUCCAUCAACCAUCAACUCCCACAACCAUCAACUCCAUCAACCAUCAACUCCCACAACCAUCAACUCCAUCAACCAUCAACUCCCACAACCAUGAACUCCAUCAACCAUCGACUCCCACAACCAUCAACUCCAUCAACCAUCAACUCCCACAACCAUCAACUCCAUCAACCAUCAACUCCCACAACCAUCAACUCCAUCAACCAUCAACUCCAUCAACCAUCAACUCCCACAACCAUGAACUCCAUCAACCAUCAACUCCCACAACCAUGA